GGGACGCCGUCGGGGCUGGCUGUGUCCUGCUGCGCUGAGGGCGUGAGGCUGAGAGGGGCGCAGGCGGCCGGGCUGCGCCGGAGAGCAGCGCCAUGGCGAAGGAGGAGUGCAAGGCACUACUGGACGCGCUCAAUAAGGCGACUGCAUGCUACCACCACCUCGUGCUGACCAUCGGCGGCUCCGCGGACUCGCAGAACCUGCGAGAGGAGCUGCAGAAGACGCGCCAGAAGGCGCAAGAACUGGCGGUGGCCAUCCGCGCCCGACUGACAGCUCCGCUGCGUGACCGGGGCCUGGGCUCUGAGGAACGCGCCGAGUUCGAGCGCCUCUGGGUGGCCUUCUCCGGCUGCCUGGACCUGCUGGAAGCAGACAUGCGGCGUGCGCUGACUUUGAGCACCGAGUUCCCGCUGCAUGCGCCGCGGCGGCCGCUCGUGCGUACCGGGGUGGAAGGCAGCGCCGCGAGCGUAGCGGCGCGCGCCCUGAGCGCCCGCAGCCUGCGGCACGAGGCGGAGCGCGGCUUCGACGUGGAAGACCUUCACCAGCUAGAGCGAGAGAUCCUUCAGGUGGGCGAGAUGAUCCAGGAUAUGGAAAUGAAGGUCAACGUGCUCCGCUGGACGGUGCAGGCCCGGCAAGCGGCAGGCGCCGAGCUCCUGGCCAGGCCCAGCGCCGGCGUCUCUUCGUUGCGCGGUGUGUCCGUAGAACAGCGCAUGGGGCCCUGCGACCUGAGCAAGGCCCUGGCCGCCACCAUCUUCAGCGCCGUGCUGCUGGCGGCUGUGGCCUUGGCAGUGUGUGUGGCGAAGCUGAGUUGACCCAUACGCGAACGACCUCCGCCGCCACUACUCGCUACCCGGAGACACCCCUCGGAGAACAUCUGCAACCGCCAGGACUAGGGAUGGGAGCGGUUCUAAAACCCUGCGUGUGUACGUGUAUGUUUAUACGCGCGUUUCAAGCACACAUCUGCCUGGGCAGAACAUGGCUUCCUCUUGAUGGCCCGGGAGAAGUUAAUUUUGCCCGGGCCACCGGGUCAUUACCGCUAAUGUAUGCAGGAGCUUUAUCCCCUAUUAAUAGAAAACCGUUCGUAGUGAGCGGCGAUUCCUCCGAGUUAAUAGGUUACCGCCUGUGCUGCCGGGGCGUGUUUGUACUGAGUCUGAGCUUGGUGUCCCCACCCCUGCCGGUGAUUCCCAUUCUCCGAGUGGGGCAGUUUGGAAAGAGGGUGAGGUGAAAUGAAGUGUGUUUUGGCCUGUGUGUGUGUGUUGGUUUUGUCUCCUAGACAAGAAAACAAAUUGCAAUAAGUUUUUAUUACCUUAAUCCUUUGGGGCCUAAGCUUAGGAGCGUGUGCAAAUAGAAGUUCAUGCAACGUGCUUUCUUUUAGCACACGAUUACACGCUUCUGCACACCCUUGCCUAUUGAAAAGGGCUCUGCCCAGUCAAUCUGGAAGGGGUGCAAGCUUUGGGAAGGGCCACCGGCCAUCUAAACAGGCACUUUCUCCUUGGCUGGGGCUUAUUUUUGUUCCAGAACUAGACUAGAGUUUAUCCUCCUUUGGGGGAGGGGGCUGGGGAAUCCUCUUUGGAGCCCUUAAUCCUAUUUAUCCCUUGGAAUUUGCUUGCUGGCCAGUAGGAGAGCUGGCUUUGGAGGGAGCUGCACAGCUCCCUGACCUGGACACUGCCCCCUGAGAGGGUCAAGUGGGGCAUCACUGGGCACAGAGGUCUUGAGCCAAUUAGCCCUGAGACUGGGUUAGAACGUAACAGCUUUAACUUCAAAUUUAAGGAGUUUUAAAAAAAAAAUUCAUUUGUUAGAAAAAUCCUGUAGCCACAUUGUGUACUGUCAAAGCUGUUUUUUUUUUUUAUAAAGGACAUUUGGCCACGAAUUCAUACGGGUGCC